AUGAGCGGUGAGAAGCUCGCAAUGCAGCCGCCCGCGGACCUGUCGAACGAGGAGGAGGUGUCUGCGUACAUUAAGCACAAGAUCCGCGUGUUCAGCAACUUCCCCAAGCCCGGCGCAAACUUCAGCGAUGUCACGUCGCUGCUCCUGGACCCCGUCGCCUUCCAGACGGCGAUCGAUGCGCUCAAGCUCCGGUACGCGGACCAGCAGAUCACGCACGUGGUGAGCUGCGAGUCCAGAGGAUUUAUCUUCGGAGCGCCGCUGGCGCUGGCUCUGCAGGCCGCGUUCGUGCCCGUGCGUCGCGCGCGCAGGCUGCCGGGCGACGUUGUGGGCGUGGACUACGUGUCGGGCUUCUACACGGGCCGCAUGGAGAUCCACCAGGACGCCAUCUCGGAGGGAGGGCGCGUGGUGAUCAUUGACGACCUCGUUGCGUCGGGCAACACUCUCAAGGUGACGGUCGAGCUCGUCGAAAAGCUCGGAGGCAAGGUGGUGGAGUGCGGCUGCGUGAUCAACUCGUUGCGCUCGACGGAAUCGCUGCAGAACAUUCCUCUUUAUGGCCUCACAGCAAUGUGA